ACUCAGCUUACGUGUGGUCUUAUAGCAUUGACCUUUGAAAAACCCACUCAUAGCUAUAGUCACAGUUCAUGAAAAAACUGUGCUUUGUGUCUGCAUGUGAAACACGCUUCUUUCAACAUGAGAAGAAUUCUUUGUGUUAUCUUGGGCUUAUGUAUUAUUAGUUUGGCUAUUUCAACUCAUGGUCCUGUCCAGUACGUGCCACUGGGCAACAGAGUUACGAUGCCAUGUGAUGGUUAUGGUGAUCGCAGAACUGCCAAGUGGUUGCACAAAAAAGAUGACAAUAAGUUUAAGACUAUUUUUCAUGAAAGUUUUGGCUACACUUUCCAAAACAAGUCUCUGUCAGCCAGGAAAAAGACUACCAGGAACUUUUCUUUAGUAAUCAGUCCUUUCUCUGAGCUGGACAAGGGGACAUAUGUUUGUCAAGUGUGCACAACUACAGGCAUAUGUACCGAUGGCAAACCAAUAACCUUAUUACCCCAGUUUGACACAUUUUCUACAGCAUUAAGGACACUGUUUGUUAUAGAAGGUGAUCAAUUCAAUUAUAGCUGUCUCCACAACUUUACCCUGAAAGCGUACUGGAGAUUUGAAGCACUUGGAGAAAAUACUGCCAUUUCUAUAAACCGUUUAAAUAAAAAUGUAUUGUUUAUUUCGGAUGUUCAGCCAGCUAAUGCAGGCAAGUACAGCUACUGGGGUGAGACAUCAACUGGACAACAGCAGAGAAUGUGUUCUGUGACUCUGUGUGUACUUAGAGUCAGAACUGUAAAGCUGACUGAUUCUCCACAGAGCUGUACCCUGUACUGUGAUGAAGAUGUGGAUACAGAUGAAGAAGGCUCGGCUGUUUUAGGAACAGAUAAAUGGAAUAUCUCUAUUACUGGAAGAGUGAAUAAGCCGCAGAGCUUUUUGAGCUGUAGGCUGCUGAGAAGCGGUGUGGAAACACACACAUUCAGCCUUGAGGAUACCACUGCUACUGCUCAGUCAAAUGCCAUUUCAUCCACUACAGACAACUUGUACAGCAGCCGCCCCAAAGUAGCUGCAUUAAUAAGCACGUCUGCAGCUCUUCUUUUCAUCGUCAUCGUAGCUCUUUUUAUAUUUUUAUGUGUUUUACGACAGAGGGCAGUCAGAAACUCUAGUAGAAGUGCGAAUGGACAACCAGAGGAGGAAAAUGAGCCUCAGGUGAUUUAUUCUACUCUUCAAAUUGGUAGACAUCAACAACAGAAUGUCAUCACAUUGGACACUGAGUGUGUGUACAGUCAGAUUAAAGUGUAGAAGAAACAGCAGAUUGUUGUGCUUUUAAACACAUUAUUGUCACUGAUAGUAUUUGAUUGUUAUGGUUUGGGCCUGAAUUAAUAAUAUUUAUUGCAACACAAAUUACUCUUUGGUACUAUGUUGAUGUUAGUUGUUUUCAGUAUCAUGUUCACUAUCUGCUGAAGAGGUAUCUGUAAAAUGGUGUGUCCUUGCUUGCUUUAGAACACAGAAAAAAAAGACUUUUAAAUGAUUUUUGAAUCACAUAUAUUUAUUUUAAUAAAUAUCUAUAUGUUAAGUGUUGAAUUAACUACAUGCAUAUGUACAUGCCAGUGCUGAAAUGUGGCAGAUUACAUUAAUUUCAGUACUACUGUUGCAAACAUGUCUGAGACAAAACAAUCCUGUUUAUGGUGGAUCACAACCAUUCAACUGUGACACUGGCCUGGACUAUUGUCAUGUUUACUGGAUUAUAUUUACUCUGAUUAUUUGUAUAGAAACCCUAAACUUUACAUUAAACCAUGCGCUGUAUACAAUUGCUUUUUAACUGCAUCAGAAUAGGUAUGUGCAUAAAUGUGUGUGUGUGUGUGUGUGUAAAAUGACACUG